AUGUUGUCUUCCUUCUGCCUGAGCUGCAUUCUUCUGCUCCUGUUUGCAGGCCCCACAAUAUCAGGAUCACUUGUGAAGGGAAAGGUUGGUGAGAAUAUCACCGUGCCCUGCUCUUACAGUGUGAGGGGGAGUCAGGACCUCACAUCAAUGUGCUGGGGUCGUGGCAGCUGCCCUCCUUCAAAAUGUGAUCGGACCAUUAUCUGGACAGAUGGUUGGAAGGUGUCUCACCAGUACAACAGCAGGUACACGUUGAAAGGGGACCUGCAGAGGGGCAACGUGUCCCUCACAAUCGUGAAUGCUGAGGAAGCAGACAGUGGGAUAUACUGCUGUCGUGUGGAGAUCCCGGGGCUGUUCAAUGAUCUGAUGACAAAUCACAAGGUUGUGAUAGAGAAAGCUAGAAUCUCUACUGCAAGUCCUCACACUUACACCUCUGAACAGACCUCAGCUCCUGGGAGCACCAGCAAAUCACCUUUUACCAUCACAAGAACAUGGCCAUCGGUUUCUGCCUCAGAAGCUCCUCAGACUGCCUCUGAUCCCUGCUCGAGCACCUCAGGCUGCUGGGACGUAACCUCAAACCUGCAGAACAUAUCUGUAUCACUUACCAGUCAGCAGUAUUCGGAAAAUGGGCUAUACAUUGGGAUUGGUUUGUGUGUGGUACUUCUAGCCAUCCUUAUUUUGAUUCUGUUCCUCAGUAGAAAAUAUAUACACAACACGAAGAAGACAGCCAACUUCGUUGCAUUUUGGAGGCCAGAAGGUGCAAGGAGCUGUAGUGCCCUGGAAGAUGAGAUCCGUGCAGAGGAAAAUGUUUAUAUUAUACACUAA